AUGCACUAUGCCGAAACAUAUUUGAGUCUAGUAGCCGUGUUGCAGUUGCAGACGGAAGUGCAAACGCAGACCAGCUGCUGGCUCUCCUCAUCUCCUUCGCACACUCACUCGACUGCCACCUCAGUGUGCCACACCUCAACCGCUGGACCGACUCUGGAAGAGCUGCAGCUAUACACAUACACCUGCUACCCCUCUUCGACGAUCAUCUUUGACCGAUCAAAAACGAUGUCCUAUACUGGCUAUACUUCUGCUGCAACCUGGCAAGAGAGACUCGAGGAAAAGUGCCGGGAGGCCAACUACCACCCACCUGUAUUCCAGAUCAUGUCUGAUAGAAGAGGCGGCCGAACAGCUUGGUCGAGUACCGUCACUGUACAAGGCCAGAAUAUCCCCGCACGCUUCUGGUACGAUGGAGACCAUGUCAACAACGCAAAGGAGGACGCUGCCGAGGUAGCAUUGAAGCACAUCAGCGGCUCGUCGCCAGGCUCGCCUACACCAACUCGAGCGGGCUGGUGA